AUGGAAAAAGAGACUACAGAUGACAUUAAAAUUGGUUUACCUCAAUCUAAUUAUGUUAAUUCUGUUUUGACAGCAUUUUUACCUUGUGUGACAUUUGGGCAGAUCGCAGAGGUAUCGGAUGAAGGAGAAAUGCGUAAGGCCUCAUCCUUGCCACCUGGGAGCUUCAUAUACUUAUUGAUGAUGCCUGCCUUUUGCUCUCAAUGGAUUAUGGGCUCAAAGUAUAGAACAAAGCUGAGGCAGAGGUAUAACCUGGUAGAAGCUCCAUACACAGAUGUGAUCUCCCAUGUCUUUCGUUCUUCUUGUUCUCUCUGUCAAGAAUUCAGACAGCUCAGAAACAGAGGAUUUGAUCCUGCUCUAGGAUGGAAUGGAAUUCUUGUUAAACGGACUGAGGACAGAACCACAGAAAUUCCUCCUCGGACUCAAGCCAUGUAAAAGUGAAAGUUUUUGUCACCCCUAGAAAGUAUAUUCUUUUUUUCCUUUUCUUUCAACUGUGGGUUAUGUUUAUAUGCUUAUAAUGUGAUUUCUGAGGUUGAUUC